CAGGCAGCCAAGACUGUUCCGUUCCUUUCUCCGAUUUGCUUUCUCUUUCUAGAUGUCACUUCCGGAAAACAACACAACAACCAUCCAGGAAGGAGGAAGCUGCAGAAAUUGGGGAAAUCUGGAGUUCGAGGCGCAGAUCUCCAGUCCUGAUUAUACCCUCCAUUCUCAAGAGCUGGCUGGAUGAGUGGAGCCCAGAGGGGCUGGAGCUGUGACAUGGUGCAGCCAGCUGGGUGCCCUGGCAGUGACUGCAGCAUGAUGGGGGAUGAUUCCUCCCUGGGCAAAGCGGCCACCCUCCACCUACCAGCUGAGCUGGCAGGGCAUGAGGCUGUGCAGCACUUCUUGGCUGAGAACAGAGACCUCAAAGAAGCCAUCCGACAAAGUAACCACAUGCUGCGGGAACGCUACCAAGAGUUCCUACAAUUCCAGGCCUCUCACAAGGAGGAGAAGGAAUUCCUCAUGCGCAAGUUUCAGGAGGCUCGAAUCAUAGUGGAAAAUCUGCACUCGGAACGUGCAGGACUCAAAAGUCAGUUGGAGCAGGCUGUCCAGGAACUGGAACUACUGAAGAGGCAACAGCCGACUUCUCAGCCAUGUCCCCUGGAGAAAGGAAUCUUGGAAGCACAAGAUGAACCAGACACUGUGACUCUUACUCAAGAGGAGGCCGUACAUGCUCUGGCCCCUGAAAUGUCACAGCAGAAAGAGGGGCUGGAAAAGGAUUUCAUGGCUCUCCAAGAAGCCAACCAGCCUUUGCAGGCUGAAGUCUACAAACUGCAGAAAGCAGCAAGGAGCCUUAUUCCCAUAGAAGAGUCUGGAAUAAAGAUUAAGGAGAACGGGCUUCUAGUAGAGCCACCACGGGAGCUGGAAUCCUUGCAGGGCUCAGGGGAUAGCAGAAAGAAUUCUGGUGGGGACCAGGCCGAACAGCUAGGCAAAAGGCUAAAGGAGGCGGAGGAUGAGAGUGCAGCUCUUCGUCAACAGCUGGCAUCGGCAGAGGAGGAGCUGGCUCGCCUGGUAGCACGAGAGCAGGAGACACAGCAGCAGCUGCAAACGAUGAGCAAGCAGUUGGAGCAGGUUGGGGAAGACAAGGCCUCAGUCAAGGCCCAGGUGACUUCCCUGCUGGGGGAGCUGAUGGAGAGCCAAAGCCGUCUAGAGGCCUGCGCACAGGACAAGAAAGAGCUGGAGGACAGGGUCCGUGGGGCUGGUGAGCGACUCCAGCAGCUGGAAAGGGAGGCUGAAGCCCGUGCCAAGCAGCACAGCGUACAGGUGGAUGAGCUGCGGCUGCAUGUGCAAAACCUAGAGUGCGCCCUGCGAGUGGAGCGGCAAAGUGCCACAGAGGAAAAGAGAAAACUAGCCCAACUACAGGUGGCCUAUCACCAGCUCUUUCAGGAGUAUGAUGCUCACAUCAAAACCAGCUUGGAGAGCAAGAAGCGGAGCAAGGGCCUAGAUCUGCAGGCUACUGAAUUGCUUCAGCAGUUACAGCAGGCUGAGGAGGCCCUGGUGGCUAAGCAGGAGCUGAUUGAUAAGCUGAAGGAAGAGGCUGAACAGCACAAAGCUAUCAUGGAGACUGUGCCUGUACUCAAGGCACAGGCUGAGAUCUACAAGACUGACUUCUUGGCAGAACGCCAGGCUCGUGAAAAGCUACAUGAACAGCGAGAAGCCCUGAUGGAGCAACUUGCACAAUUGCAGCAGGAUUAUGAUAAGCUGAAAGCAGACUCUGAGGGGGCCAGCCGGGCUUUGAUGGAGGAGAUGAGGAAUCGCCAUUCAGAAAUGCGUCCUUCACCUCCUCUGCCAGCUUUCCAGAUGGGUGUUGCCCCAAUCCACCCCUCUCAUAUAGCAGGGCGAAGACAAAGCAUUGCUGAUGAACAACCUGACUAUGUUUGUCCCAAGUGCCAGUACAGAGCUCCAGACAUGGACACAAUACAAAUCCAUGUUAUGGACUGUAUCGAGUGACACUGAUGAAGGAUGGAGUUUGAUGCGCUUUUGCUGCAUUGCCUUAACAAGAGCCAGCAGUUCCAUACUAAGAAUUGACCCUGGAGCAAAGAGACUGGAUUGUUUGCUCCCUACCUGUAUGUGAUUAACUUCUUUUCCUGCCACAAGGGUGGUUGAGCCUGCUGCUGUCCUUCAUGGCUUAGCUGCCAUAGCAGCUGUGGGGAGAGGGGAUUUACACUGUUCCUGGUUUGUGUGAAACAAUCUUACGUGUUUGUGGUCUGCUGUACAUCAGGGAUAGAGGGGACUAGGCCAUUCCUUUAGGGUAACAAGCCCAGAUGGGUGCUCCUUAUGUGAAGGGGGGCAAGAGGACUCUUAUUCUCCAUGAGGAGUGCUAGUUCUUGCUGCCUCUUAUGUACCUCCCUGUCACAGGAAGAAUCUUCUAGACUGACCUUGCUGUGCCUUAAACGUUUCCUCAGCCAAGCUGCAAGCAGAGGCAGACCAUACAUAAAUCAUUUAAAUGGGGAUAGAUGUUUCCUCUGCUUUCCAAGAGCUGCCCUCAGUUGAAACUGCUUGUUGUGGUUAGCUACCAAUCUUUCUGCAGCACAAAGAGCCACUAUAUGACUCUUACCUAAAGUCAAUUAAAGCAAAGUUCAAGAUCA